AUGACAGUAGAAUCAAGAGCGAUGCCACCAAAAGCGAAAGCUUCGUUCCAAUAUAAUAAUAAAAUUGACAAACUCACAUCAUUCGAAUCACUUGAUUUUUCAUUCAACGAGAAGAAUUUUGAGCUCCAUCCCACUUUCGUCACGUUGACAUCAACGUGUUCAUCAUUGAAGCCAAGAAUCUCCUCCUGGGAAAUGAGAAGUGGUUUUGAUAAUCUUAUUCAAUUGCAAGAGACAAUUUCGUUUCGUUCUCGUUUUUCACAACUUUUAGUGGUUCUUCUCACUUCUAUUACUGUUGAAUACAGAUAUAGUCUAAAUUAA